AUGCUCGUAGGCAAAUCUAAAAGUGACAAGGAUAAUGGCGCCGGAGAUUUUUGCGAGGGGUUCAAUAACAAUCCAACUUGUGGAUGCUUUUCAUAUCCUUUGCAGUUAGCCGCCUAUUCCCGCAAACACUCUCAUCAUAUUCCAAGGUUGCAGCUGAACCCUUCUUGGGCGCAUUUUAUCCAACUCCUGGUAGUCGCAUAG